UGACAACUGUGAUUGUGUGAACUGUGACUGUGCGGACGUUGCGGUGCCGGCUUUUGUUUUUAUCGUUCGGUGAUCAGUUGUGAGGAUGCGGCGCCGCGGGCUGGCUAUUGGCUUGCUCCUCGUAUUACACAUGAGCGGGGCUCUCAGUGAUCAGUCUUCGAACGAAAGCGGGGGCGGCGGAGGCGGCUCAGGGUCUGAAGCCAACAGCGCCGCGGAACCAUCAUCAGACCAGCUGGCCAUGGAGUCGGCGGAGAGAGAGACCCCGAGCCACGCGUACAACGGACCCCCGCCGCCGGCGCCGCCACCGCAUAAUAGGAGGCAGAACCCGCCGCAUCAUCAGCAACACCACCCAUUGGGCAUGCCGAGGAUCCCGAAUCACCAUCCCAUUCAUUCGAAGCCAUUCGCUCUUGGACCUCCGAGCAACCACCACAAGAAUGACAUCGGGCCUGGAUUCCGCGGACCGCCCCCUCCCCCCGCACCUCCUGCCGACGCCCAGACCUCAGCCAGUGACAAAGUGUUCAGCGGCGCCGGUGACGUGUGGCCUGCUCCAGCACCUGACAUGCCCAAGAUCGUUUCACUCGAUGUAAAAUGUGAAAAGAACGCCAUGCGAGUCUUCCUCAGCUUCGACAAACCAUUCUUCGGAAUCGUUUUCUCAAAAGGACACUACUCCAAUCACCAAUGCGUCCACCUUCCUCCAAACCUAGGCAGAUCGUCUGCUUCAUUCGAAAUAGGCGCUCACGCUUGUGGCACGGCUGGAAGCGGUGAUCCCCGAUACAGAGGAGACGUCGCUGCUGCGGGAACGUACUUCGAAAACGUUAUCGUCAUACAAUACGACCCUCAAGUACAAGAAGUUUGGGAUCAGGCUCGCAAGCUGCGUUGCACGUGGCACGACCAGUACGAAAAGGCAGUCACGUUCAGACCAUUCCCUGUGGAUAUGCUGGAUGUAGUACGAGCAGACUUCGCUGGAGACAAUGUCGGUUGCUGGAUGCAGAUUCAAGUAGGAAAGGGUCCAUGGGCUUCCGAAGUUUCCGGAUUGGUAAAGAUUGGGCAAACGAUGACCAUGGUACUAGCUAUCAAAGACGACGACGCGAAGUUCGAUAUGUUGGUCCGUGACUGUGUAGCUCAUGACGGUCAACGCGCUCCUAUACAAUUGGUCGAUAGGCGAGGCUGUGUAACGAGACCAAAACUGAUGUCGAGAUUUACGAAGAUCAAAAACUUCGGAGCUAGCGCCAGCGUGCUUUCGUACGCGCACUUCCAAGCUUUCAAAUUCCCGGAUUCGAUGGAAGUCCACUUCCAAUGUACUAUCCAGAUUUGCAGAUACCGCUGCCCAGAGCAAUGUUCGGAUGGAGCUCACAAUGUGAUUGCACCUCACGCAGAAUACGGAGCCCCUCAACUAGAUGCCUACCCAGUGGGAGCUGAAGCGAGGCGAGAUGAGCGCAGAGUGAGAAGGCAACGACGAGCCACAUCACCAGAGAAGGAAGUUGGAGUAAACAGAGUCAUUCGUGUUGUGUCUGCUGGCGACUUAAAUAUGGAUACUGCUGAGGAAAACGCAGCGCCCAAGAUCAUCCCAACCCCGGGCUUAGUGUGCAUGACAACUCCCGGAUUUGCUGCCACACUUGGUGCACUUCUUGCCACGUUAUUAUGCUCCUGCGCUUUAUCAGCAGUGCUUUUCGUGAAACUGCGUCCCAUUACGACACUGAAGAAGAAAACAGCCGCUAUCACGACGAUAGCCCGGCCGCACCCACCGCCCACCGCUCAUGUAAUUUCAAAGAGUCGGUUCUACUCGUAACGUCGUCUAAAUAACUCAAUUUGUACAUAUUAGUGUGAUGAGACUGAAGUAUAUGGACCAUGCCAAUUGUAUUUAUUUGUGUGUUAUCCCAGUGCUCAAACAAAUUUGCAACAAAUAAGUAAAUGUAUCACUUAUAGCGAUAUUGUAAUUAUUGAGAUUAUUAUGUUGACGUCUACCAGUGAAGAAGCUUCAUGAUUGUUUCCUAUUUUCAAAAAUGUUUGAAUUUCAUAAUAUUUUCAAGUCAGACUUGAGAACGAUAAAGUAUGAUGUUAUUUCAAUAUUAAAUUAAAUUAUUAAACGGAAUUGCAGUAAGUGAAUACAAAUGUAGUAUUAAAUAUCUGUUAAGUACAAUCUUCUGUUACCUCUUUUCAAAUAUUGGAAAGUUUGAACUAGGGGCAACGGAAAAUACACGAUAUUAUUAUGGUUUAUCAAUGUGUAGAUGAGCCGCUAGACUUUAAUUUAAAAUAACUUGUCAUUAGUAUUAAUAUUAUUUAUUUUAGUUAAGUUAUUGUCGUAGUCAAUGCUACCUAAUUUAUUUAUUUUUAUACCACCUGAGUACCUCUUCAUCUAUUUAUUUUAUGUUACAAGUUGUUUUUC